AUGGCGGCAAACAACUCGAUAGUUGCUGAUACAGUGCUGGAAGAUAAAUUAGCUGAUUUAUGGCCCGAUUAUCCUUGUCUUUACGACGUUCGGUGUCCAGAAUUUAAGAAUCGGGAGUUACGAGAUAAAGCGUUUCAAGAACUGGCCGAAAAACUUGGAACAACAUGUAAGAUAAUUCAAAAUUUUAUAAGUAAAACAAUUCAACGUCUGUUUCUUCUCUGGAUGAUGGCAUCCGUGGUAGAAGGUCAACACUUAUGUCCAAUGGCUCAAAACUUUUGGAAACUGAGUACCAGCGGUGAAUUCAAAGCAUGUAUACCGUGUCCAGAGUGUCCUGAGGGUAACGGGCUGAACAUUCAAUGUGGUUCAUCGAUCACAGAUGAUACUAAGAUAGAAUGCGUCCAAUGCAAAGAAAACGUGACCUACUCCAAUAGCCAUGGAGUGGAAAGCUGCAAACCCUGUCAGGACUGCGGUCUACGAAAUGUCCUUCAAGAAUGUACCUCGGACCAAAAUCGCAAAUGUGGACGUAAAUGUCCCAAAGGGUAUUUCUUUGAUGGCCACAUCACUGAUUGCAGAGAAACUACGCCAGCAACAGUCUCAAACAAAACUUUUUCAAUACAACCUUCUCCUAGCAUUUGGCCACAACUUUCAUCUCCUUUAGGCGGCGGCUUGUCUACAGCAAUUGUAGCGUCUAUGAAAGAUUUAUUCUCGGUAGAAAGUGUUACCUCGACGAGUAUAGCGUCGACUCCGAGCGUAAAGCCACAGCGUUCAUCGCUGAUGAGCGUUUUGUCUCCACUGGUACUAGGAAACCGUUCCUCUACAAGCAUAGAAUUCACGCAGGUUAUCAUGCCACAACCAUCGUCAUUGUAUCGUGGAAUCGCAUCAACUGCGAUUCCUGGAGGUAUAGGAGUUCCAAUACCUAAAGGAAACGACGCCUCUGCAAGUGUUCCGGGGAAAAAAAAGACUCAGGGACGGAAAGGCAAAGCUUUGACACUGUUGACUAUAUUGGGAAUAAUAGGAUCGAUAGUUUUUAUCGUCAUCUUUACACCGACUGCAAUAGUUUGCUGGAUAAAAUGCAGAAUUUCUGAGAAGACAAAGCCAGAACAGACAGAUCCUGCUGGAAUACUACUGAACCCCUUACGAGACACUGAGAAUUCACCGAGCCGCUCUUUGCUAGAAACCGUUGGCUCUUUUCAAAACAACACUGACUCUGCUGAAAGUUUAAUGGCUUCUCAAGGAAGUGAGUCCUUAGAUGUUCGCCGUGAUGAUCAAGGAGACGACAAAGAUUUUGUUCUUACGAAUGACAUCCCCGAAGACUUCAAGCUCGCCGACUUUCCAUAUGAUGUCGAGGAUUCUAUUCUGCAACUAGAUUCUGAUUCCUCGCCAGUUCAAAAGAACUGGAAACAUGUCGCUCACAGGUUUAAAAUUCCCAAACAAGACAUUCAGCAAAUGAAAACGGAGAGCAGGAAGCCAGGAGUAAGCGCAAUAAGGCUUUUGAUUGAAAAGUUGUGCAGUUUCAAAUGUGCGACUCUAAAAGGGUUCGUAGACGUCCUCCAGGAGCUGGAACGCAACGAUGUUGCCAACGACAUUAUCAGCUGGUUUAGGGAAAAACAGGACAGAUGUUCAGAGGAUAAGAAGGG